AGAUUGAAACUUUUUGGCAUUUAAAAGAGAGAUAAAAUAUUCCAUUAUUAUGGCUUCCCUUGUUCCUUAUCUUUUCCCCUCUGAUCCCUCUCCGUUCCCCCUUUGGUCCCCUCACCCUUCUCAUCCUUCUUCUCAACCCACAAACUCACCCUAGCUCUUUUCUUCAAUUUUGAAAUCCCACAACUUCACAUGACCCAAUUUUGAUUCUAAUCCAUUUUUCACUUCUUCAAUUUCUUCUUCUUCUGGGGUUGCCAAAAAAAUGAAGAGAGAUCACCAAGAUAGCUGCAAAGGAGGGAACACUGGGAGUGUGAGGAACAGUGUUGGUGCUGUGAAAGGUGAAUGCUCGUCAAUGCCGACCGGCAAGGCCAAGAUGUGGGAGGAAGAACACGGCGGCGCCGCCGGAGUUGAUGAGCUUCUGGCGGCUUUAGGUUACAAGGUGCGUUCCUCUGACAUGGCUGAUGUUGCCCAGAAGAUGGAACAGCUUGAGAUGGUGAUGGGUAUUGCACAGGAAGAUGGAAUCUCACACCUUGCUUCUGAUACCGUUCACUACGACCCUACCGAUCUGUAUUCAUGGGUUCAAACCAUACUCACCGAGCUCAACCCUCCUCCAACCACCACCACCACCUUGCUUGAUCCAUCUUCUCUCUUGGAAAAUCACCAAAUCAACGACCCUUUAAACCCUUCUUCAAUUCUUCUCAACAACAACGCUUCAAGGGUCUUCAACGAUGAUUCUGAAUACGAUCUCAGAGCUAUCCCCGGCAUCGCCGCAUACCCACCAACCCAAGACAACAGCAACGACGAAACCGAACCCAAGCGAUUGAAGACAUGGUCAAUCAAAUCUGAUUCAGCUCUUUCACCGCCGGCGCAAGUUCCAGAGACGGCGAGGCCGGUGGUUCUGGUGGACACGCAGGAAACAGGGGUUCGUCUGGUUCACGCGCUGAUGGCCUGCGCUGAAGCAGUUCAGAAGGAGAAUCACAAGCUCGCGGACACGCUCGUGAAGCACAUAGGGGUGCUCGCUGCGUCGCAAGCCGGCGCGAUGAGGAAGGUUGCUUCCUAUUUCGCACAAGCUCUUGCUCGGAGAAUCUAUGGAAUCUUCCCUGACACCGUCGAUUCCUCCCUCAACGACGUGCUUCACAUGCACUUCUACGAGUCCUGUCCCUACCUGAAGUUCGCACACUUCACCGCCAACCAGGCCAUUCUUGAGGCUUUCGCCACCGCCGGAAGAGUCCACGUCGUCGAUUUCGGCCUGAAACAGGGGAUGCAGUGGCCGGCGCUCAUGCAGGCACUCGCAUUGCGCCCCGGCGGACCACCCACUUUCCGCCUCACCGGAAUCGGACCACCGCAGCCGGACAACUCCGACGCCUUGCAGCAGGUGGGUUGGAAGCUCGCUCAGCUUGCUCAAACCAUCGGCGUCCAGUUCGAGUUCCGCGGCUUCGUCUGCAACAGCCUCGCCGAUCUCGACCCGAACAUGCUCGAGAUCCGACCCGGGGAAGCCGUCGCUGUCAACUCAGUCUUCGAGCUCCACCGCAUGUUAGCCCGACCCGGAUCCAUUGACAAGGUCAUGGGCACAAUCAAGAAGCUAAACCCCAAGAUCGUGACCAUCGUUGAACAGGAAGCGAACCACAACGGACCGGUUUUCGUGGACCGGUUCACGGAGGCGCUGCAUUACUAUUCAAGCCUGUUUGAUUCUCUGGAAGGCGCGGCGUCAACCGGGUCGGAUUCGUCGGGUCAGGACGUCGUGAUGACCGAGGUUUACCUAGGGGAGCAGAUAUGCAACGUGGUGGCGUGCGAAGGGGUGGACCGGGUCGAGCGGCACGAGACCCUGGUCCAAUGGAGGACCAGGAUGGGCUCGGCCGGAUUCGACCCGGUCCAUCUCGGGUCGAACGCCUUCAAGCAAGCGAGCAUGUUGCUCGCAUUGUUUGCCGGCGGUGACGGUUACAGGGUGGAGGAGAACAAUGGGUGCCUCAUGCUUGGGUGGCACACUAGGCCACUCAUUGCCACCUCCGCGUGGAAGCUUCCACAACCCAGUGAGUCGUAGUGAGUUGACUCGGUUUGGGCCCUACUGAGUUAGGAGAUGAUAAGAAGAAAGAAAUGACUCUCCGAUGUAGAUUUUAAUUGGGAUGAUUAUUAUGAGAAUGGCCCAAUGGGAUCAAUGGUUUGAUUGAUGUUGAAUGAGUGAGUCAGUAGCUACUGAGUGAGUGAGUGAGCGAGCCAGCGAGGCUGAGGGUAAAUAAAGGAAGUGAAAAAAAAAAGAAAAAACUGUAAUUUAAUUUGUAAUUGUACUGUUGAAUUACUAGUGUUUUUUUUUAUCUUGCUCUAAAUUAUAUAAUUUGUUCAAUUCUUA